AUGCCAAACGUUCAUUCACUUCCAGAGAACAUAUUUAUUGCAAUAUUUCGUCAUGUACCGAUUUCUCAAUUACAUUCGGUAUCAAGGGUAUGCAGAGAAUGGUCUGUACACGCAUUUUCCGUUCUUUACCAUCGUAUAUUUAUCACACCGUCAGUUUGGUCUCAUUUUAUGCAACAUCAGAUAUUUCAAAAAUAUUCUUCAUAUUGUAAAGAAUUAAUCGUAUAUUCGAUUAAUCUCACGGAGCAACAUAAAUCGUUAUUAUUGGAACAUACUCAUGAUCUUAAUAAUUUGGCAUUAUUAAAAUGUCAUAAUUUAGACGAGGAUUUCCUAUAUGAUUUUACAAAUAAACAUUCGACAACAAUGGAAAAGUUAAUAUUAUGGGGUCCACGAUCAUUUGAAUCAGGUGUGACGAUUCUGACAGAUGGAUUAUUAAGACCAAGUUUGCCGAAUAUGUUAAACGUUCGUCAUCUUUCGAUUUGCGCGGCAAACAUUUCCGAUGAAUUUCUAUUACUGCUCGUUUCAACCUUAACAACCAAUAACGUUCCAUCACUAAUUGGGUUAGAUUUAACUGAAUGUUGGAAGCUAACAGCCUUCGGUGUAGCAGAAUUAUUUUCCAAUAAUUUAUCCUCACUUCGAGAUGUCACACUUCAGUAUCAUAAAGAAAAAGAAAUCGAUGUGGAAUUCUUUGAAUUCCUGGCAUCCAAUUUUGCAACGCAUAGAUUUGAAUAUGUGGUCACAAAAAAUUAUCUGAGAUAUAAAGUUUUAAUCGAUUUCGACAAAAUCUCUAGAGAUUUGAAUGCCAUAGCAAACGCUCAUCAAAACGUGACGGCGGUAACGAGAGAGAACGUUUGGACGGAUGAUGAAAUAGUUGCUAAAUGUAACGAUUAA